AUAUUCGAGCCACUCUGGCGCCGCGCCCAGCACCGCUUCUGCAUCGACGGCGGCGCCAACCAGCUCCACGCACUCCCCGACUCCUCCCUCCUGCCCCCGCCAACCGCCAUCAUCGGCGAUCUCGACUCCAUCAUGCCCUCAGUGCAAUCCCACUACGAACAAAUGGGAACCCUAGUCCAGCAUUACUCCGACCAAGACACCACCGACUUGAUGAAGGCCCUUUAUUACCUGGAUACCGUUACGGGACCCCGGAAACCCACAGUGGUGGUGUUUGGUGGCCUGAGUGGUAGGCUGGAUCAUGUUCUGAGCACGUUGAAGGUCUUGUUUCGGGAGAAAGAUAGAGACAUGAUUGUGGUGUCGGAGGAGAACCUGACCAUAUGUUUGCCGGAGGGAAAGCACCGGGUGUUGGUGUCGGGGAUGGAUGGCCCGGCGUGCGGCCUGCUGCCGUUGGAGGCCGAGGCUGUGCUGACCACGAGGGGCCUGAAAUGGGACCUACAAGAGCAGCCAUCCUCGUUUGCCGGUCUGCUGAGUACCUCCAAUGUCAUCACUGCCAAAGACGAAAUUUAUGUGGAAACAACACAGCCCGUGGUCUGGACAUGCCAGCUGACAUCC